AUGAUCCGGAGCUUUUUUCGAGAAGAGCUUUUACUGAGAAAGGACUUGUUCCAAGAAGCGAUCAAAAUGGAGAGGAAAAUGGAAAUGCUGGAUCCAGGUCUGGAUGGCGUCGACGAAAACAUCGUUCCGUUGUUCUCCUGCCCCGAAAUAGACUGCAGAUCUGGCUUUCCCUACUACAUUGAAUCCGGACGUGGCUCCAUCAUUGGUUACGGAUUAAAAAUUAUCUUCUUAUUGAUAGAACAUCUUUGA